GAUGCAUUUGCUAACACUAACUUCAGUAAAACCGUGUCUAAUUUUUAAUGUGAAAACACCUUUCUAUUGUGUUGGCCGUGCGCAUCAGGCUUCUGCCAGGCUAAACACGAAAAGCGGUGCGAGCCGAUUCGCCCGGCCGAAGGUUAAUGUACAGCCGUAAGUAGAGCUGUGUAAAAGUAUUCUACUUCUACCUUGCGGUCGUGGCUUUGCACACAACCCUCCUGUGAUUUUUCUUACCAAGCAGCUUAGCUGAGUAUCACGUCAUGGGUUUGGAAUUUCCCAAUAAUUAGUUAUGGUCCAGUGCUAAAUGUUUACCAGCGAAGAAGGAGAAUAAACGAAAUGAAACUAGUCUUACUUCAACACCGUACAAAAUUUGUUAAUAUUCUAGCCGUUUCUAGAACGAUUUUUUUCGGUUAGUUUGUUCAAAACUGAAAACUCAAUCUACGAACUACUUAAUGGUAUAUUUACAUAAACGAACAAGCUCAUCAUCCACUUCCGAUGCAAAUGAGGUGCCAGUUGCUGCUGUCCCACUAGCAGCAACUAGUCCUAAUUAGCAAACUCAUCAAGCCGGUUCUCGUGAGAGGAAACGUAAUGAAACUGUAUGUUAUAAUUUUUUGUUACUCUUGGUGUUUUGUCGUUUUAAUUUUCGAAAUCGAUGCUGUCGUUGAUUGCUUCUUUGUUCUGCCUGAUCGUCCGUCCAGUCCGGACUGGACUAAACGGAAUCAAUCACAGUGCGUGGGAUAAGUUUCACGAAGGGAUUGUGCAUAAAUUACGUGGAUUAAGCUGUAAAUUACCCAAAUAAUAUCUUUAGCCUUCUCGACUGGCCAUACAAAUUAUUACAAAAGUAUUAUCUUCUUUUCUCAAUCAAUUCCCUUUGCUACAUUUAAGAGAAGAGUAAUCUGAGUAGAACAAUUAACCGACUAGAAAUAGAACGACAAAAAACACCAAAUGCUCGGGGGUUUUUCAUAAUUAACCCUUUCCCGCUCAUGGUGACUCUAGAGCACCCAGAAUUAUAAUCAUCAUAUCUUGACAGAAAAUAGUUUGUUGUGCUUACGAUUGUUCCAUAAACUUUUAUAUGCUGCCUCAGAGCAUCACUGGGCAUUUUCUUCAAAAUAUUACAGUUGACAGUAAUUUUAGAUAGUCUACAAAGUGUUCAGCUUGAAUUUUCUCGUGAAGCUAUAAAUUUUAAUGAUAAACCUUGUGAGCGGGAGAGGGUUAAUUAAAAUUUAAUUACUUAGUUUGAGACCGGUCCCCAAUGGUUAUAACGAUUGCGAGCAGAAGGAUCGCGAUCUCUCCGAACGGAUGAUCUACUCAAAAACCUGCGGUUAUAAAUCUGACAACGAUUUCGCGCGUCACUAGCCGGCCACCCGGCCGGUUGCUGACGGCUUGCGACAGCACUCAGUGCACGCGAUGCUUCUCGAAGUGGUGAUUUUCGAUAAACUCGUGCCGGUCCGCGAUGGGAAGACUUCAACGCGACAGUGCGACGAACCGGCGAAAAAGUUUUGCUUCCUGAACACCGCGCCGGCGACGACGACGUUUGACGUUCGCGUUGUGUCUGUAGCUUCCUGUCCACCGGGAGCUUAACCAUGCGUAGAAAGCGAAAAAAGGCAAGAACGUCUCCCUCGGUCCGUGUUGCCCAUAAAUCGAUGACGGUGUUGGCUGCAGCUGGCCAGAAGCACAAUACCUGAUUUUUUUGUUUUGUUCUAUCGAAGACACUCGGUGGUAGCGAGGUUCGAGCUGAGCUGGCGCUUAGAACUAUAUAUUUAAGAACUUGUUUCGUUUCGGCUGUACGCAGUGGAUUCGCGCGGAUCGCUUACGGUUGUGGCCGAAAAAAAAAGGAAACAUCAGCAUAGCAUUCUAUAAAAGCCGCCCAUCCAAACGGUUGUCCGAGCAGUCAAUUCUUGUGCAGCAGGUUGGUGUGAACGGUGGCGGUUAGCACCUUUUUAAUUUGGUUUGUUGGUUCGGUUUUUUUUUUGGAAGUGAGAGUAGAAGCAUACUAGUGGCGAAUGCUAACACACCACUCGGAGGCGAUAGUGAAAGUGUAACACUGUUGAUGUCCUGUGGAACGAAGUCGUUGAAAAAAUUAAGUCUUUUUUUUUGGGAAAAAAGGUGCCACAAUGAAUCGACUGCUGUUGUUUUCGACCCUUUGUGUGAUACUAAGGAUAGAAUCAGUCUACAGUGUGUUACCAAAAAUUUUGCCAACGACUUGCUCGCGAAAUGAUCCCGAUUUUGAGCGCUGCGUCAAAGCCGUGGUGGAAAAAAUCCGACCUAACAUUGCCGUCGGCGACUACGGGCCGGGUCAACCGAAAGCCCCGUCGCUGGAGCCGAUCUACGUCGACCGGCCUCUCAUCAUAGACAAUGCCGGCUUUCGUGGCAAGCUUACGAAUGUGACGAUAAAGGGUGCCGGAGGAUUCGUGAUUGGCCGUAUCAAGCUGAAUUUGGAGGAGAAGUCAAUCAACAUCAACGUAAAACUGCCCAACAUGGUGGCCAGCGGACAGUACACUAUGGACAUGCGAUUGCUUGUGCUCAGAAUAAACGGCCAGGGAGAUUUCGAGCUUAAACUUGAUGAUACUUUAUGCAACGUGCGGAUGAAGUACUUUUUGCGACGAUCACCCACCGGGGAAGAGACCGUACAGUUCGAACCGAUCCAGGUGAAGCUGAAGUUCGUGAAGGGACGUUUCAAUUUGCAGAACCUGUUCAACGGAGACAAAACGCUCGGCCAGGUUGGCAACAACGUCAUCAACGACGACCCGCUCGUGCUGCUGGAGGAGGUACGACCCGCUUUCGAGGAAAGCUUGGGUCGGAUUUUCACCGCAAUCGCCAACAGUGCGGUCAGCGGUGCGACUGAACUGGAGCUUCUGCCGCAUUGAGUGACCGGCGUAUAGGAUUUACACUUUAUUGAUAGUACAAAAUUUGCUGAAUGAUUUUGCUCAAUUGGUGUAUGUGGUUUUUUGUGACAAUAUACGAUUUUUUUUCUGGGAA